AUGCCAUCUUUCUUCACAGUUCACUGCAUGGCUGCUCACCUUACGCAGUAUGCUGGGCUGCCCGUGAACUGCAACGACUGCAACUCGACACAGCCAACCAGAGCACGGAAAGGGAGGGCAGAGUGGGGUAGAGGGGGGCUCAAGGUGGAUGCGAGCAGCUCAGGGAACCUCGCGUCAUUGGAUAGAUCGUCCCGCCAAGAACCGCGGAAAGGAGAAAGUGGACCCCCUCCUUUUCGUCUGGAUAUCUAUCGGUACUCUGGGCAUCUAUCUGCACGUCCUGUCCACGUUAACAAAGUGCAAAAAUACGAAUACCUUAUGAACUUGCAAUUCCGGUGUCCCAAGGGCUUAGGUAAUGAUCCUGCAUCCUGUCAGCAGCGUUUGGCCCAGAGACUCAGACCUUUCCUUGACAUGUUGCAUUGGCUUGCAUUGGAUGCCAUUUCCUGUAAUCUGGCAAUCUGGCAGCUGCUGCCCUGGAGCUUGUCAGCUCCUGUCGCCUGCGCCACACUUCCCACCUCCCGUCUGCCCAAUCGCCAAGCAGACAAAUCGCACAUACCAACUUCCAACUUCCAUCCUGUCACGAACGGACAAGCGUGUGGUCCCCAAGGACAAGCCCCCAACCCGAUCCUGUUCCGAUGGUGGCAUUUCGCACCCAAUGGCAGCCAGCCAUCUAUCGGUGUGGAUCACCAGAUAACCAUGACUUCAACUCUAAUCGUCCUGUGGGUUACUCACCUGUUGUACAUGACUGGUGCACGGCAUCCAUCUCACUCCACGGCUUUGCCGAUUGCUUAUUUUGAUGCCACUGAGUAUUGA